ACAAAAUCGUCUGAUAUCCAAUAUGGCAGCACCAAAAAGUCUGGCAAGAGCGAGGUAAUGGUGAUGGAAGAUCUAACCCGAUUAGAUCCACAUUAGCCUCGUCAGAAAUGCACAAUCCCCAUCAUCCUUGCCAAAAUAGACUGAAAACUGCGAAAAACGCACCUCGUAGAAUUCAACAACCAUUCUUCCAGAGUUCUCAAAACAGUUGAUUUCGAGAUCUUGAAACUUCCCCGGUUCGAAAUCUGUAACAAAAUCUUUACUUUUCCCAAGUUUGGGAAAUUUGGCUUUGGCUAGACUUGCUACAAAACUUUUGGAGUGUGGUGUUGGCAAAUCUGGCACAACUCAACAACCAGUUCUAACAUCAACGGCGACAUGUUACCUCCUGUCGAAGAUUCCAUUCUACAGAGUAACCCUAAGUUUGCAGAUUUGUACAAGAAACUUUCGACCGAUAUCUUGAAUCCUAAUGGUUCUACUAAAAGUCAUCCAGCUCAGAAAGAGCGGGAUGCAGUUUCUGGGGCACUAAAAGCUGCCAGAAUAGAAGCAGCAAAAUCGCAGAUCUUAAUAGCUUCUCUGUCGUCCCUGGAUCUCUCACCACCGCCUCCGAUCCCCGCGAAACCUCGAACCCGAACUUCUCAACCCGCACCCCCAAGAAAGGCUGCCGAAUUACCAGAUGAAAUCGUCGAGCUGAUUAUUCUCCUCACGGCAAAGCUUUCUCCUCCCUCAAGCUCCCUCUCAAAACGCGAUAUUGCCCUUUUAGAAUCUACGCCGGCAUAUCAUUCCCUCCCAACCCACCUUCCGCAACUGAGCGCCCUCCUCAGCACCAACCUCCACAACACCGCCCUCUCUCUUUCUCGAAUCCUUUCCCCGACAACAAAUGCUUCUUUCCUGCACCGCCAAAUUCCCACUCUCCUCCCCAGCGUUCUGACUCUGCAAUCGACUCUCCUCACGCAAUCCCAUUCUCUUGCUCUCGCCCGCACAGCUGUAACCAAUACUACCACGCAGCUCCUAACCCUAUACCAUCGCGCCACAGCCCUCAUAAUCCAGCUACUCGAGCGUUCAAAACACGGCCCCAUUGCCCGACACACCAUUUCUAAGAUCUCCCUCCUCUCCCUCCAAUCCCAGACCAUUUCUCACGAAUUGCAACUCAAGUACGUACAAGGAGAAAAAAUUAUCUACGACGAACGAACAACCGAAGCUUUACAAAACUACAUGCGGGAAUUGCGUGGGGGUAGGGAGAGGUUGAAGGAGAGGGGGAAAUUGAAAGAGAGGGAUUUGUGGGGAUACGGAGUAGGAAGGGAGGACGAGAGGAAGGAGAGACAGAUGAGGGAGAUUGCAAGGGUAUAUGGGGAGCUGAGGGGAGAGUUGGAGGAGGUGAAAAGGGAUGUGCAGAGGUUGAGAGAAAGUUAAUUGCGUGGAUCAGCGAUCGAUCGAUCGAGAAAGAGAAGGAUAGGAUGAAUUACGACUUUACGAUUUUGAUGAUCAGACGGAAAGAUGGGAUGAACUUAUGGCUUGAAUAGAUCAAACGAGAGUUGGUGUUGUAUUGAGAAAGCUGAAAUAUACAAUGUUUCUAUUGGGGAUGCA